AUGCCCAGUAAGAAGAAAGAUUCGAAAUCGGGACAGCCUAGCGCUUCCUGGGAAAAGCCAGAUGAUGUUCUUCAAGCCGUUGUACUCGCAGAUAGUUUUAAUUACAGAUUUUUGCCAAUAACAUUGGAAAAACCUAGGGUAUGUAUUUGGGUUAGGCUGUAUGGCCAUCGUUUUAUUUGUUGUGUCUGUAGAUAUUAUCAGGUUACUAAUAGGGGUUGCUGCAUGUUGUAGCCAUACAUGUUUUGCGUGUUUUAAUCAGAAUAGGAGACGAAUUCUAAAUUGGUUAUGUUAUGUACAGUAAUGGCAGACUGGCAGUAAAAAUGAUAGAAAGUAUUUCACUAUUUAAAUGCAAUGAUGACAUCAGCACUAAGCACCAUCAUUACUGUGGUCAGUCAGUCAUCACAAUAAUUACCAUUGUUGAUCCCUGGCAGGGAUCAUGACCAUCACUGCCAGCAUCUUUACCAUUUGUGGUGAUAUUACAACAUCACCACCAUCUAUCAUCAUCUUCACUAUCAUUAUCAUCAUCACCAUCAUCUUCACCAUCAUCACCAUUAUCAUCAUCACCAUCUUUACCAUCAUCACCAUCUUCACUAUCAUCACCAUCAUCACCAUUAUCAUCAUCUUCAUCAUCAUCACCAUCUUCACCAUUAUCAUCAUCACCAUCUUCACCAUCAUCACCAUCUUCUUCACCAUUAUUACAAACCAUCAUCACCAUUGUCACCACUAUCAUCACCACCAUCUUCACCAUCAUCACCACCAUCUUCACCAUCAUCACCACCAUCAUCACUAUCAUGAUCACCAUUAUCAUCACCAUCAUCUUCACCAUCAUCACCAUCAUCUUCACCAUCAUCACCAUCAUAUUCACCAUUAUCCUCACCAUCAUCACCACUGAUCUUCUUCACCAUCAUCACCAUCAUUACCACUAUCACCUUCACCAUCAUCACCACCAUCAUCUUCACUAUCAUGACCUUCACCAUCACCACUAUCACCAUCAUUAUCAACAUUGUGACUGUCCCUGCAACCAUCUUCAUUAUUAUUAUGACCACCACUAUCAUCUUCACCAUCAUCUUCAUUAUCACCAUUGUCACCAUCAUCUUCAUUAUCACCAUUGUCACCAUCAUCUUCAUUAUCACCAUUGUCAUCAUCACCAUGAGCACCACCCAUUAAAUAGCCAUUCAUUUCAAUCCCUAUUUAGGCUCUACUCCCUUUGGUCAACUGUACACUCCUGGAUUACACUGUAGACUUCCUAAUGGGCUCUGGG